AUUUCAGAUUAAUUUAGUGGUCUGUGCUUUGUUUGUCGGGGUGUGGGGUGUGGUUUAUUUUUGUGAUGAUUUGGAGGCUAGUUUAAUCAUCAUAUUUGUUAUUCGGGAUUUUCAAAAUGCCGGCAUACCAUUCAAGUUUUUUGGAACCCAACCAGAUUAUCGGAAAUACGGCAAUUUUGCCGUUCAAAACUAACUUUCGGGGUCCAGCGCCACCAUUCUCGAGUAACGAUCAAGAUAUUAUUGAUGAGGCCAUAUAUUAUUUCAAAGCAAACGUGUUUUUUCGUACAUACGAAAUAAAGUCAGAAGCAGACAGAUUAUUGAUAUAUAUCACUUUAUAUAUUACCGAGUGUCUAAAAAAAAUCCAAAAGUGUUCCAAUAAGAGUCAAGCUCACAAUGAAAUGUAUACUUUGGCCAUUUCCCGGUUUGAUAUUCCUGGAGAUGCCGGCUUUCCUCUUAAUUCCGUAUACAGCAAACCUGGAUCUGCUAGUGAAGCUGAAUUCCUAAAGAGUUAUUUAACUCAAUUACGACAAGAAGUUGGAUCUCGUGUAACAGAAAAAGUGUUUAUAGACAAUGGUAAACCAAGCAAAUGGUGGUUGUGUUUUGCCAAGAAGAAGUUCAUGGACAAAUCCCUUUCCGGCCCUGGGCAGUGAUAAUGAGCUAAUCAUCGUUUUGGUUACAAUAUGUCUACAUUUUAAAGUUUAACUAAAUUUAAAGUUUUUAAUAAAUUAGUUCUCAAAUGU